UCGCCUUUACUCUUUUCUUCCAAACCCUAAUCAUUUACUAUUACUCACCUCUAUCUUUGAUCCUCCGUUUUUUUUCCUUGUUUAGAUUGUUGAUUGGUGCGGAUAUGGGUGGUGAUCCUUGUUUCUCCUCGAUUUAUACUCACUUCUGCUUCAAUUCCUAGGUACAUUCGUUCUACUCGAUACAGGACGUGGUGCUUCGUAGUGCAAGCCGAUUUUUUCUAGUGGUGCUCCGUUAAUCAAAUUGUUUUCUUCAUGGGACAUAUUGCUGGAACUCAUUACCCUGGAGGGCCUCAGUCAGGAUCCUUGGGUGAUGCCAUAUACAAAGAAUUGUGGCAUGCCUGUGCUGGACCCCUGGUCAAUGUCCCCCGUGAAGGAGAACGGGUUUAUUACUUCCCUCAAGGACACAUGGAACAGCUUGAGGCCUCCAUGCAUCAGGGUUUAGACCAGCAGCUCCCAUCAUUUGACUUACCAGCCAAAAUACUGUGCAAAGUGGUGAAUAUUCAGCUUCGAGCUGAACCAGAAACUGAUGAAGUUUAUGCACAGAUAACUCUGUUACCUGACCCAGAUCAAAAUGAGGUAACAAUCCCAGAUCCUCCACCCACAGAACCUCCUAGUUGCACUGUUCACUCGUUCUGCAAGACACUUACUGCGUCCGACACAAGCACACAUGGUGGAUUCUCUGUUCUUCGUAGGCAUGCGGAUGACUGUUUGCCUCCACUUGAUAUGUCUCAACAGCCACCCUGGCAAGAACUGGUUGCUAGUGAUCUUCAUGGCAAUGAAUGGCAUUUUCGUCAUAUAUUUCGAGGGCAACCUCGGCGUCACUUGCUGACUACUGGGUGGAGUGUCUUUGUUAGUGCAAAAAAGUUGGUUGCUGGCGAUGCUUUUAUCUUCCUAAGGGGGGAAAAUGGAGAGCUACGUGUUGGAGUAAGGAGGCUUAUGAGGCUUUUAAAUAAUAUGCCAUCAUCUGUGAUAUCAAGUCAUAGCAUGCAUCUGGGCGUUCUUGCUACAGCUUCGCAUGCAAUUGCAACUGGAACCCUUUUUUCAGUUUUUUAUAAGCCAAGAACUAGUCGAUCUGAGUUCAUUGUCAGCCUUAACAAGUAUCUUGAAGCUCGAAAUCACAAGCUUUUGGUUGGAAUGAGGUUUAAGAUGAGAUUUGAGGGUGAAGAGGUUCCUGAAAGAAGGUUUAGUGGGACCAUAGUUGGUGUUGGGGAUACAGCAUCAUCGAAAUGGCUGGACUCUGAAUGGAGAUCUUUAAAGGUUCAAUGGGAUGAACUGUCAUCGAUACUACGCCCGGAUAGAGUUUCACCCUGGGAACUAGAACCACUUGUUGCAUCCAAUUCAACAAACUCACCACCUCUACAGAGGAAUAAGAGGGCCCGAUCUGUUUUACCCAAUUCUGUGCCAGAUAUUUCUGGACUUGGGAUGUGGAAAUCACCUGGUGACCGUCCCUCGGCUUUCCAGUAUUGUGAUCCCCAACGUGGACGUGAUAUAUACCCAUCAAAUAAUAUCUCUUCUAUCACGGGUAUCUCUCUGAGCUACAGUGAGAAUGGUUCUUUGCCUCCUGCUUCCACCACUUCUAUGCAUUGGUCUAACUUAAGGGAAGCGAUAACAGAAUCAUUUGAACCUCUUGCUAGUAAAGAAAGUGGUGAAAAGAGACAAAGUAAUGGCUACAGGCUAUUUGGAAUCGAGUUACUUGAACACCCAAAUGUUGAUGAAACUUCACCAAUGGUUGUGUCGAGAACAGUGGCCGAGGAACGACCGCUCUGCCCUGUUGAUACAGAAUCUGAUUGGGGGUCUGAACCAUCAAAUGUCAACCGUUCUGAUAUUCCUUCAGCAAGUUGUGAGCCUGAAAAGUGCAGCAUGAGAUCUCAGGAGUUCCAUACCAGGCAAAUUCGUAGCUGCACGAAAGUUCAUAUGCAAGGGAUUGCUGUUGGUAGGGCUGUCGAUUUAACGCAGUUGAAUUGUUACGAGGAUUUACUGCGGAAGCUGGAAAAUAUGUUUGAAAUUGAAGGUGAACUUCAUGUGGUACCAAAGAAAUGGCAGGUUGUAUACACUGAUUGCGAGGAUGACAUUAUGAUGGUCGGUGAUGAUCCUUGGCAUGAGUUCUGCAGCAUGGUGCGAAAGAUCUUCAUAUACACCACGGAAGAAGCCAAGAGGCUUUCCCCAAAGAUCAAACUUCCGGAAAAUGAUGAAUUAAUACAAGGGAAGCUGGUUUUAAAUGCUCAGGUUAGCACUGAAGAGCAGUCCUCAUCAAACGAGGGUUUUGGUUGCUGAUUUUUCAGGGCUGUUUUUCUUUCCUGUUUUUGGAAGAGUAAAACCACGUCUUUUUGGGACCGAAAAGCAGUUAUAUGGUCUGCUUUUACGGGUUUGAUAUUGAUUUUCGUAUUAUUGUUGUUGUUAUUUUGGGUUGGAGGUUAUGUGUUGCUCUGCUUGUUUUGGGUAAAAGACAUUGGUCUGCCCAUAUCUAUCUUUAGAAAGAGAGAGAGAGAGAGAGAUAGGAAGUAGUUUCUGCCCUUAUUUUUGACCUUUCCCAUAAUAUACAGGUUCUUGUAUAUAAAUCAAGUGUAAGUGUUGCCUUC